UUUUAUUUGUUUCAUUAUUUUAUUCUUCGUUCCGUUUGUAAAGUAAGGUUAUAAUAAAUUCAACUCUAUUAUGGAGUUAUUUAAUUUUUAAAAUAAAAUUAGAAUUUUACAUUGGAAUCCAACGCUUUUAUUAAAUUGUUUCAAUUAUCAGUUUUAUUGUCUGUAUUAUUUUAUCUGAUUCCACACAUAAAAUAUUGAUUUUAAAUUGUUCUAUAAGUCGGGUGAUAUUUGCAUCUUCGCGUUUUCGCUUAACCUUAAUUCACAUAGUUCAAAAUCAAAUCAAUAGCGGGAACGAAAACACACAACAAUUAACGGCUUGUAUUAAAUUGUUCAAGAAAAAAAUGGCAGGGAAUAAGAGUGAAUAUGCCAUAUUCCUUGUAUAAAUUUGUAUUAUUAUUUAGUUUGUUAUGUCAGUCUCAGUUCACGUUUUUUUUCUUCUUAGAAGUCUCAAUUCACGUUGAUAUUCAAAAUCUCUGACGUGUUCCUAAACUACUAAAUCCAAGCGAUUUGUUCGUAUAAAAUCAAACUAAAUGACUGUGAAGUGUGAACAUAGCUGGACUAAUUAAAGACUGUACUUCAAUUUCUGGAUACAUGUACACUACAUUUUUACUCAUUAACGUGCAUUCGUAAUCGUCGAAUUUAAGUGUGCAUGUAUCUGUAAGGGGUGUGCUAGCGACAAAAACAUGUGUAAUAUAUAAGAGAGUUGAAGGAAUCAAGCAACAUGACACGAAGGAGGGUCGCGGCUCACGGGUUUAAGGAAAACUUAAAAUACUAAGCAAUUUCGAUAAAUAUAUGCAAUAUUGAGAGGCGCUGAGAUAUUUUAGUGAGUCAACAUGUAGAUAAAAAUAAGCUUUUUUCAGAAAAAAAACAUGUAGAUAAAAAUAAUGUUUAUUUAAUUAUUUUGACAACCCAUAAUGUCGCCACAGUUUUUUUCUUUUACAACUAAUAAUUUGUUUUUUAUAUAAAAUACACUGUUAUGUAUAGGUGUGUGUAAAUUAAUGUAUAGUGCAAAGAUGAUCAAUUAUCAUAUGAUCCAAAAGAAGCUUAUCAGAAAAGACUUGUCCUUAUAAUGCAUACGAUCGAUUCAACAAAGUGGUGGAAUUUUGGUCGAUACCAAUCCUUUCAUUUAUCUUGUUUCUUCUGAUUUGUUUUUUAUAUAUUUGUUACAAGUAUACGAAUUGAAAUUGUUGUAUUCGAGCGCCAGACAUGUUUCUGAUAGCACCACGUCGUGAAAGAUAGGAUAACAUUUAUCUAACUAAACAAGACGGGUCUGAGCUCCAGCUCCAGCUCCACUUCACCAAUUCUCAUCAAAUAUCUUGCAUUUUUUUUUGUAUAAUUGUUAUUUUUGUUAAUUAUAUAUACCCACCCCAAUUAUGCCUCUCUAGCCAUUCAUUAUGAGUAUAUAGAUAGCUUAUCUAUUCGUGUAGUUCUGUACCCAUGUAAAAGAACAAUUAUUCUGUUCCUGCACCUAAAAUCAUGUAAAAUUCUACUGAAAAUAUUACGUUAUUUUAUUUCAGAAUAUUAAUAUCUAAAUAGAGUAUAUACAUUUUAUUUUUAUUUUUAUUUUCCUUUCCUUUACAUACAAAAAGCUCUAAAACACUGCGGUUAAUUUUCAAAAUAUGAUAAAUGACAAACAUAAGUUUCUAAGUAACACCAUUAACAAACUGGCCAAAGAAAUAUACGGAAAAUGAUCAACUAAGUUGCGGCUAGAACUUUGAAUUAUACAGGUAUUCUCUUAGUGUAGAUUUACAAACAAUUACACCAAACUAAAAAGAAUCAGAUGAUGGUAAUUCAAUUGAAAAUAUAUUGAAAACGUACGACGAACAUUCAAAAUAUAAAUAAUCAGAUUAAUGAGUUUCUUUAUCUGCAAUCAGACUAAUGAGUUAAGUACCAGUAGGAUUCCGUAGUGACAUAGUGUGCAGAGAAAAUGAUUUUAUUAAACAAAAAGAAGAAAAAUUAGUGAAGGUGUAUUGCUAAUUCCUAAGUUUGAACCCAACUCUAUAUUUGAUUAUUAACAUUAUUCCCAUGAAUUGUAUAACUAGCAAAAAUAUUUUUACCUGGACAAAGAAUUCAUCUUCACUGACUUCUAAGGUAUGUUGUUACACAUUCGCUUUGCCUCCGUAAAAAUUUAUUCCUCUCGCACUUUGUGAUCAGUGGUCCAAUGUCAAUCUCUAAUAAUAUUUACACAGAUAAAUAUCUUACAAUAAUACUACUAUAAAAUAAUUAAUAAUUUCUGGGUAAAAAUUCUAAAAUAGUUUCAAGCAAGUGAGCGCCACUUUUCUCCAUACUUCACAACACCCCACGCCUCAUUAUUACACCCCCUCUCUCUACAUACUUAGUACUUACCAACAUACUAAUUCGUAAUAGGUAGAUUUUAAUUUUCCUUAACCGGGCAAUUAAAGAGAAAGUACUUUAGAACCAAAACAAUCAAUUUAUCAGGAAAAUAAAUUAAGACAUCGGCGGAUGUGAACAAAAAAAGAAAAAAAAGUUACUGGGUACAAAUGUUUGGGCAUGUGAAGCAGUGUAGUAAAUAGGAGUUAGAUAAAGUGAUUGGUACGAAAUGUUCUAACUUCAAAAAGAGAGAUCACAGAGAAUCUGAGGACUGUAAUUGCACAAAACCCCUCGAUGGCUUUGUAUGAAAAGGACACCACCACAUAAAGAGACAGGAACAGCAAGUGGAUCAUGUGAGUGAUUGCACAACAUCAUCCAAUGGGUCAGUUUUAAAAAUUUGCUGGGAAAGUUAAUAAGUUAUACUUUUUUUGGAUCAAACUGGGGAAAGUUAUACUUGAUAACGUUUUUUAGUAGUUGUGUGUACACACUUCUUCAAUUGGAAUGUUAGGUUAUUAAGCUUUUUGCACUGAGAUGCAAACUAUUAUUGGUAGAUAGAUAUCUUGUGCUUUUGCUUUGUAAUGUUGUAGUGGUUUGGAAAUGGAUUCUGAAAGUCGUGGUUUACCAUCAAGUGACUAGAGACUCUUUUUGAAGCCAUCAAGUUUGGAUUUUACAUUGUUGAGAAUGUUCAUUAUAAUGCUCUAAACAGUAAACACAUCAAUUUACUAUGAAUGACAAAUGAGUAUUACUAUUAUUCACGUAAUAAACAUGUAAAAAUAAAUAAUUACAUAAAAAAUUAUCAUUGAGUUUUUUAACGAUAAUAAUUGUAUAAAAUUUCAAAAUCCAUUAUUAAAAGCCAUCUAUUUUUAUUUCUAAAGAGCAAUCAAUUGCAUCGUACAAUGAGCAUAGGAUUCCCACUAUUAUAAAUAGUUGUUGAUUGACAAGUUGAUUUACCAAUUACCAAUGAUCAUAUGAUAUAUCUUAUAAAAAGACGGCAACAUAUCAAAACAAAUUGGGAUGCAAGGAAAAAAAAAUGAUUUAGUUAGUGUACUUAACAGAUGAAAUAUGAAUGGGCUUUUUGAUUUCUUUGGGCUUAAAUAUAUUUAAUUAUAUUUACAGUACUUCAUAUUUAUAGGUUCAGAUCAAGGCCCAAUAUGUUUGGGUUCAUUAGCAUAAACAAUGUUCCGAGUUUCAAAUACGAAAUAUACAACAGUGGGUUAACAAGGGUGAGACUUAUGUAAAGUUCAUAUGGUGGAGCAUCAUGAAAUGUGAAAACAAACAGAAACUUUUAUAUUGAACAAAAAAAUUAAAUGAAUCAGUAAUGAGAUAAGCUAAGAAAUGAUAGGUUAUAUAUCAUCAAGAGAGAGAAUAACACAAGCACCAGUGGUCUAGUGGUAGAAUAGUACCCUGCCACGGUACAGACCCGGGUUCGAUUCCCGGCUGGUGCAUAUUUUUUAAUUUUAAAAUUCCUCCAGAGCUAUUUAAAACUGAAAGGUCAGCGAACUGAUACUAUUAUAUCUUUCGCCGUCAAAUUUAGUUAUUUUGUAUGCUACAUCGUAUAUCACACCAUAUCUUGAACUCAAAUAAAGAUUGAUGGCAUUCUCAAAGUCAAUGCUUAACAACAAAAUGGACCGUGUACAUCUCCUCCUCCUCCUCCUCCUCUUCGUCUCCGCCGCCGUCGCAACACGGCCAAAUAAACCUCAUGCAUUAAUCCAAACGGUGAUCAAAGACCCAAUCACCAAUCUGUACUUCACCUCCAUCGACAUAGGAACCAACAUCACCGUCUCCGUCAGCUUCGUCAUCGACCUAUCCCAACCUUACACCUGGUUAGACUGCUUCUCCGGCUACUCUUCCUCUUCUUAUACUCCGAUCGAUUUUGACUCCCCCAAAUGCAAUCUCCACAGCCCCACAAGCCCUUUCAAUGUACCCACACCAGAUUGGUGGGUCUGCUCCGGCGCCGGAGAAAAAGUCAAACCAGGAUGCUCCGACCAUUCUUGUGGGAUAAACCCGUACAACCCCGUGGAUAACACGUCACGUGCUGGAACCUUGAGCGAAGAUGUAAUGUUCUUCUACUCUACACCUGACGGCUUAAGCUUCGGAUCUCGAUUCCAGUCUCCGCCGGUGACACUCGCCUGCGUCGGCCGGAGAAGCUUCGAGGGGUUUCCUUCGGAAGCUCAGGGGUUGCUUAGUCUGUCAAGAAACGCACUUUCUCUCCCGUCGCAACUCUCUUCCAAAUUCGCGCUCUGUUUGCCUUCGAAAACAGAGGACUCUGGUUUCGGAGAUCUUUUCAUCGGCGGUGGUCCGUACUUCCUCCCGCCGUACCACGACGACGCUUCUCGUCUCUUCACCACCGUGUCGCUGAUAACUGACAAAGCCUCCGAUGAAUACUUCUUCGAGGUCAAAUCUAUCGAAAUCGAUGGAAAGGCGUUACGUUUAGAGAGUUCGAUAGUCUCUAAGCUCAGCACGGUGACUCCUUUCACCGUUUUGCACCGUUCGAUCUACGAACGUUUUGUUAAAGAGUUCAGAGGCAAGGCCAACGCGAAGAAUAUGGUCGAAGCAGAGACGGUGGUGUCUCCUUUCGAGGUAUGUUAUAGAGUGAAGAAGGGGUUUAAGAUGGAGGAUGUUCCAGUGAUUGAUCUAACGGUGGGGAGCAGUGGCGGGAGAUGGAGAAUCUACGGAUGGAAUUCGAUGGUGGUUGUGAAGGAGAAAGGUGUGAUGUGUUUGGCGUUUGUGGAAGGAGGAGAGAUGAUGGUGAUUGGAGGGUAUCAGAUGGAGGAUAACUUGGUGGAGAUUGAUCUUCAGUCAUCGAAGCUUAGUUUCACUUCUUCUCUUCGUCGACAUAACACUUCUUGUUCUCGUUUUAGACCAGUUGCAACAGAUUGGUGUCGUAAAGACACCAAUUCGUGAUGGAUCGUUCGUAUGUUGUUAAAGUGUUUUGAGAUUCUUUUGCCUUUCUUCUUGAAUCUGGCCCAAUAAGGAAACCACGAGUAUUGGUCAAGCCUAAAAUAAAAACAUUAAAGCGGAGUGAAUUUUAUUCGGGGAGAUUUGAAAUGAGUUUUUUAAUGACUUUUAAAAUGAUUUUAGAAUGAACUAAAGAAGUUAGAAUGUAAAUCGGUAUAUAAGUACUUAACUAAACUAAUAAACUUUAGGGAAAUAUCUUAAAAUCACAACAGAAAUUUAAAAUCUACUAAAAUAUAUUAAUUGGAAUUGUCUUGUCAAAUAGUAUACCAAAAAAUACUAGGUAUAUUUUAUUAUUAUGAGUAGUAAAUGAUCAGAGCUAGAAAAAUAUAUUCGUAGGAAUCCAUAUGAGAUCUUCUGUCGACAGUAGUAAUUAAAAUUCAUAUUGUGUUUAUGUAUGAUAUCUGGACCACAUGGUUCACAUGAGCGUGCAUAUAUUUUUACUAUUUAUUGUGGUUGCAAGAUGGUUAAUGUACAUAGAGUUGCUACAAAAAAUAUGAAGGAACCCAUGUGAGAUUAUCUUGCGAUCGAGGCAGUAGCAGUUAAAAUACAGAAUGCAACUAUGUAUGCGAUCAAUGAUAUCUAGGCCACAUGGUACACAUGAUAUAAUAAUUUUCUUUUAGAUCUCGUGGAAGCCAAAGCUAUAUAUCUAUUUCGGUGUGAUUUUUAAAUAGGUCAACGUUUUCGUACUAUGCAUUGUUCCAAUGCAUGAUUCGCUGCAUUUUCACUGGAAAUUUUUUUUUUUUGAAAGAAUUCACUGGAAGUUUUUAUAUGAAUAUCUCACAGUUUAAAAAUAACAUAUUAGAAAAUGUAUAAAAAAAAGAAGGAACGGCUGAGCCGCCUUUAAUUGAGAUCUAUGGAAAGGCUAUGAGUGAUGUGAGAGUUGUUUCCGUCGCUAAGGUUUGUGUAGUAGAGGCUUGUGCCUUUGUCUUUGAUCAACGUAAGUGGAUCUUUGGUUUUCAGACGCUGGCGUCGAGGGAAGUUUGUAAAGCUUGUGUAGUAGGGGCUUGUGCCUUUGUCUUUGAUCAACGUAAGUGGGUUUUUGGUAUCUAAUAAAAAAUGGGAACAAGUCGAUCAAAGAAGGGAUUGUUGUAUGGUAACUACAAUGGAAGUGAUAUUUGUAUCAUAUAAUAAUCACAAACUUUACCGUUCACGUGAAGAGUCCUUGGUAUCUUUCUAGCAAA